CACCUGGUUAAAUUAGUCCUUCUCUAUGAAGCCUCCCUUUGAUGCUUUCAACAUUCUACGAAGUUUCAGAGGGAUUUUCUUUGAAAUUUCUCAACAAAGGCACAAGAAGUUUCCAGGGCACAUCGACGAAUCCACAAGUCGUCCGCCUUAUUUAUACAAAUGCUUAAACAACGAUGCAGGCAAACUGCAAGCGCUGCUCAACAUUAUUUUCCCUGGAGGGCAAAAGAAUAUAACUGCUAAAGUAGCGCAGUGGUGUUUUAGGAUUGGAGAAAUUUUGGGGAAGAAACUGUAAAGUGUAGCAGCAGCAAUAUUUUUUUGAUGGCGGUCUUUGACAUUGAAUUCAAACUACAACUUGAAAUCAUUAACUGGGAAUGCACUCGCUCUGCGAAAUGCGUCGUGGACUUCGAUGGUAAUCCUGGACACAUGAAGUUAGGAAUGAGGGGACUGUUGUGGUCGAUUCAAACCCUGGAGUUGCAGAAUCCUGGAGAAUAUUCCUUCAAUAUCAUGGAGGUUAAAAGAUCUGAAACCCCUCUGUCUUUGUCAGAAGCUGCGGCGCCCAAUUUACCUGCAAAGUUCGACAUUCUGCUUGCAGAUUAUAAGGCAUCGAUGCAGUCUGUGCGCAGGGCAGACGAAGCGCUGGAUAAAUUGUAUGCAUUUGUCUGUUUGUUCUCCCUAGCAGAGAAAGAUAAGCGAUGGCGCAUCAUUGUGGACGCCGAGAUCACGGCAAUGGCUUGUAAGUGCGCGAAAGAGGCAAUUUACCAGGCAGCACAAGCAAUGGCGGCUAUUCUUGUUGAUCAAUUGGAGUCCCCUGUUUUGAUAGGCGGGCAGCAGAGCGAGAAUUGCAAGAGAUCAGGAUGGUGGAUUGACAAUUGGACGGUUGCAGACGAGCUCUGGGCCACCGGUUUUUUUCCACCGGAUAGUUGGAAAUGCAUGUUGAGGCAGUUUCAAGCAAAGGCCCUGGAGAGAGGAAAUGUGGUUCAGUGGUGCACCGUCGAAAACUUUAAGGCAAAGGCCGUGGAGGAAGGAAGUGCGGUUCCCUAUUUCACAUUUGAGGUUGCGCUCCAAGAAUUUUUGGAUGGAGAUGAUGUGCUUCUGCGAAUUGGUAUGGCCAACGACCGCGCCCUCACAGUGAGGGUAUUUUUGACCCAGGGUUUGGAAGUGGUUUGUUCUCAGGAGGGAGUCGAAACCAGAACCUCGUUAGGGUUGGCUUACCUGCUGCCCAAAGUGGCGAAAGAUUACAUCAAGUCUUCGCUGGAGCGAAAUGAGGCUGAGCUAAGUAACGACAAUGUUGUGCAGGGUCUUCUCCAGCAAUUGAUCAGGCACCUGGCUUUUUUGGGGACAAUUUGUGUGAUUUGUGGGAAGGACCGGCUUGGGGAUGUUCCCCUGAGCAGUACUUGCCCUGGUAUUUGCGAUGCUACAAAUCAAAGCUACAAAGAUGUAAUUGCAGCUUGUGUGCGUGACCGGAAGAUUUCAGAGGAGGCGAGGGCAGGAAGGAGAGAGCAGUAUGUGAAAAAUUUAUACACGAAUUCAACCGAGGGACGCAGAGGACUUGGGACUUUGCUUAACGCAAAAGUUGUGAGCAAGGAAGAAACCAGUAAGCAUACAAAUGAUGGUGCAAUUAAUUACGAAGAGGCGGUCGGGAGAGUGACGAAAAUGAACUCCAGGAGCGUGGCAAUGGCUCUGGACAUCCCAGUAUCUGACUUAUGGAUCGACGAUGUUGAGAGUUUCGAAAUCUAAUCCGCCUGUCCUGUCUAUUGUUUUCAUCUGUAAUGGAGGAGAAGCCUUACUGGAUAUCUAGCCCCUGAAUUGCAAGUUGAAUUUUCUGUUUUUCGCUUCACAUUUUCCUUUGAAAAGCCUGCAUAUUCACGACAAUAUGGCAGCAAAUUCACGACAAUACACGGACAUAAUAUUUUCAUUUAGUGGUGUGUCGUUUUUUACCGCCAUCUGGAAGUAGAUCCUCGAACUAUACAAUAGCACUUACAUCUAUAAGAGGUUCUGUAGGUUUCUCAAUAUUUAUGGUUGUGUAUAAAAAGAUAUCUUAUUUUGUAAUGACUUUGUAGGUGCUGUUUAUUUGGUAGCUUGUUUGUAACUAUUUCAAUUAAAAUAUAGGUAUAAUUUUUUUAUUGUUCA